AUGUCAUCGCUAUUAACUGAUCGAUCUUUGAGUCCCUUAGCCUCUAUUGAACCGUCAUCCGAUUCCUUUCUGGACUCCGAUUUCCAAUCCUCGCCUGAUAGGGAGCUCCGGCGAAGCAUUGAUGCAUCCAGCCAACCACCCCCGCCGAUUCUAAAGCGCGUAGGACCGAACCGCAAAAAGAACUGGAUCUUUGAGGGCCGGUCAAGAAUCAAGUGGUCGAUAGAGUCGCAUUAUGCUGAAGUUUGGAGACGCUUCGACCAAGUUGCCGACAUCUUGACUGGUCGACCCAAGGUGAUUUGCAGGACUUGUUUGACUUUGCUAGACCACCCGCAACAUAAGAAGCACGGGACAAGCGCAAUGGGAAAACACCAGAAAUCCAAGUCUUGUCGACAGGGCCAGAAAAGAACCUACCGUCAGACACUCGCAACAAACUCCAUUCAGAAAGCUUUCCUAGGGGCUUCGUCCAAUUGCAAGAAAUUCACUACAUUGCAGCUUGAAGAAAGGUUACUGAAGACGAUAGCCAUUUUACGAUUGCCUUUCCAGACUAUUGAAAAUCCCGAGUUCCAAGCCCUGCUCAAUUUGGUUCACUCUGGCCCAGGAGAAUUAGAAAUUCCUUCGGCAAAGACUCUGCGACGUCGCUUACGUGACUCUGUUGCAGCCCAACAAGAGACUCAAUUACGAGACUUGCCCGAAGAUGCGAAAGUUUCUCUUGCACUGGAUUGCUGGACUAGCCCUUUUCAGCAAGCAUUUAUGGCAAUUACAGUAUACUUCAUCGACAAAGAUUGGAACUAUCGUGAAAUGCUUCUUGGGUUUGAGCCUCUACACGGAGCUCACAGUGGGGUCAAUCUGAACGAAGUGCUUCUUCAGGUGCUUAAGGACAGACGACUUCUGGAUCGGAUCUUCAGUGUGACUACAGACAAUGCAACAAACAACGAGACUCUCAUCCGGGCCUUGCAGGAGUCACUUCUUUCGAGCGGUGCCAUUAGUACGAGGGAAUCCAUUGUACGCGUUCCAUGUAUGGCCCAUGUGAUUCAGCUUUGCCUGAAGCAACUACUAGGCCAUAUCAGAGCCGCUCCAAAGAAUAAAGAAGUGAGAAGGUUUUGGUCUGACACCCAAGCUGUCUGCCUAAGAGAUUCCCUAGAGCAUGGCGAUGUGGCGCAUACUCUCGCAAAGAUCCGGUCUUUUGCCGUCUUUGUGAAUGCAAGCCCACAACGACGAGAUGCAUUUCUAUGUCUUCAAUCGGGUGGAACUCGGCUUUUCCCCCUCCACGACGUACAGACCCGCUGGAACUCUACUUUUUUGAUGCUCCGAAGAGCGCGCCGGCUCAGGAACACCAUUGAUAAAUACUGCCGAGACCAUGAAUAUAGCCAAUUCAAAGUCACCGAUACCGAGUGGCGGCAAAUCGACUACCUGGUCAAUAUAACAAGGCCGUUCUUCAAAUUUACCAUGGCUCUGAUGAAGACCAAAGAUGUGACUAUCCAUAGUGUCUUUCUCGUGUACAGGAAGCUUCUGGAACACAUCGAACGCUCAAACCGGAAGCUGAGAAAGAAAACCACACCCUGGAAAAAAGAUAUGUACGGUGCCAUGCUCAUGGCAAAGCAAAAGCUAAAAGAUUAUUACGAGAAGACCUAUCGUGACCAUGGAUUUCUCUACGGUACAGCGGCUUUGCUUGCUCCUCAGUAUAAGCUUUGUGCUUUUGAUGAUACAGAGUAUUCGCAGUGCAUUGGCGAGACUUCAAAAAGAUAUUGUGAAUAUCUGCGAUCAUCUUUUGCACAGUAUCAACAAAGAAACCCAGAGAUGCUAUUCCGUGCUGUACAACGCCCUUCGUUACAAGCCUCGGAGUUAGAACGGCUUCUUGAACCAACACACGCGGUAGAAACAAGCGAAGGAGUCGGGUAUGACGAGGUUGAUCGUUAUCUCCACGAGUCGACUACCUCAAUACCACCGCGUGUAUACUGGAGAGAGAAUGAGAGUAAAUUCCCCGUGCUUUCGCGGCUAGCUCGCGAUUUGCUCUCAGUUCCAGCCACUGGCGCAGGAGUUGAAAGGCUGUUCAAUAGUGCCCGGGAUAUUUGCCAUUAUCGCCGGGGAUCUCUGAAUGAGACUACGAUACAAGACUUGAUGAUGUACAUGUGCUCUGAGAAAUUCACCCUGGAGAGCCAGCAAUCGAGUCUGUUGGAUCAUAGGAUGGCGGAAGGGGAGGACCAGGAAAAUCUCGAAGAAAAUGAGGCAAACAAGGAAACCGAAGAUGAGAAUGCAGCUAUCAGCGAUAUAGACGAGAGUGAUCUAGUCGAAGAUACCGAUAUGAGCCCCACUGUUCAGAGUGUUCUGGGAUUUGAAAGCACCGCCUCACAGGAGCUUCCUUCUCACAGUCGACCGCAAGAUGUGACGAUGACGGCUAUUCGUCCAGAUCCAGAGAGCGAUGAUGAAGAUUUGUUGCCACCUCCAGUUACGCAUCUGGGAGAGAGAUAUCAAAAAAGAUCAUCAGGGAGGAUGACAGUGCCUUCAAGCCGACUUGAAGGCUAUGAGCUGUAUUAG